AAAUUCCAGCCGGAUCCCACAGCCGGGAGCAGUGCCACCACCGCCCCUUUCGUGCCCAACCUCAACACAAUCACCAGCAGCCACAACCUGCAGUGGAUGGUGCAGCCUUCGCUCAUGGGCGCCUCCUCGGGACUCCCUCCUCCAUUCCCCCGUCCUUACCGCUGCCCCCACUACGCAGCUGGCAUCCGUCCUGGCGUCAUUCGCACCACGGGCCCCGGCAUGGUGCCUCGGAGGCGCCACUCCGAGCACCUCACCCCGGAAGAGGAAGAGAGGCGGCGUUUACGGCGGGAACGGAACAAAAUGGCGGCCGCCAAAUGCCGCAAUCGGCGCAAAGAGCUGACCGACACGUUGCAAGCG